CAGCUGAUGCAGUUGUUGUCGUACCCCUCCCCCGCACUUCUCCCGGCCGCGCUCAGGCCGGCUCUCGGCCCCGCCCCGGGAUCGGGGACGCCGUGACCCCGUCCUGCGGCCCGCCAGCGCCGGAGCAUCCUGGGACCGCGCAGCACUCCGCUUGCCGACAUGGGGAAGUCUCUUUCUCACUUACCUUUGCACUCAAAUAAAGAAGAUGGCUAUGACGGGGUCACAUCGACAGACAGUAUGAGGAACGGAUUGGUUAGCAGUGAAGUGCACAAUGAAGACGGAAGAAAUGGAGACGUCUCUCAGUUUCCAUAUGUGGAAUUUACUGGAAGAGAUAGUGUCACUUGUCCCACUUGCCAAGGAACAGGAAGGAUUCCUAGGGGGCAAGAAAACCAGCUGGUGGCAUUGAUUCCAUAUAGUGAUCAGCGGUUACGGCCAAGAAGAACAAAGCUGUAUGUGAUGGCAUCUGUGUUUGUCUGCCUGCUCCUGUCUGGAUUGGCUGUGUUUUUUCUUUUCCCUCGAUCUAUUGAGGUGAAGUAUAUUGGUGUAAAAUCAGCCUAUGUCGGCUACGACUCUCAGAAGCGAACCAUAUAUUUAAAUAUCACGAACACAUUAAAUAUAACAAAUAAUAACUAUUAUUCUGUUGAAGUUGAAAACAUCACUGCUCAAGUUCAGUUUUCAAAAACAGUGAUUGGGAAGGCACGCUUAAACAAUACAACUAACAUUGGCCCGCUUGAUAUGAAGCAGAUUGAUUAUACGGUACCCACAAUUAUUGCAGAGGAAAUGAGUUACAUGUACGAUUUCUGUACACUGAUCUCCAUCAAAGUACACAACAUAGUACUCAUGAUGCAAGUUACUGUAACAACAGCAUACUUUGGACACUCUGAGCAGAUAUCUCAGGAGAGGUACCAGUAUGUUGACUGUGGAAGGAACACGACUUACCAGUUGGCCCAGUCUGAGUAUCUCAAUGUCCUUCAACCACAACAAUAAACUCUAGAGGAGCUGUGGUUAGAGCCAGUGAUCCACCUGAGAUAUCGUCAGAACUGUCCGUGAGGAGGUACUGCCUAGAAGGACAUCUUUAAUUGAGCAUGUCUAAAGUUGACACUAGGACAUUGAGGGUUCAGCCAGCAGAAUGUGGUCCUCACACAGUUUCUGGACUCCUGUUUUUCUGUGUUGACAAUUUGCUCCUGCCAAGAGCUUUUCUCAAUCCUAAGUUAACUGAUUGGCUUUCUUCUCACCUUUGUUCCCAAGGUGAAAAAGUGAGACUUCCUUAGAAUACAAUAAAUAAUUAUAUAAAAGUCAUAGACUUAAUCUAUGUAUCUAUUGAUAAUAUAGUUCAGUCCUGAACAUAAUUUGAAAAAUAACUUCUGAUUUUUCUAUGAAAUUACUCAAAGCCUAUUAUUCAUGGAGAACUUUUAAAAAACUGACCUGUUUUAUAAAUUCCCAUUCUUACAUGGUAAUCUUUCAACUAUAUGAUAACUUAGCUAUUAGCUAAAUGUUUUUAGCCUUUAAUUUCUUGAAAUUCCACUGAUUUGCAUGUUUUAUCUUAUUUCUCGCUAAUAGUUGCAUAAUAUUUUCCAACCAUAACAAGUCUGCCAAAUUCUGUUCUACAUUUUGUAAUAACCUCUCAGUAUGUGUUUCAUGUAUAGCUUUGUGAACUUUCUGUGUGAUCUUCCAGCAUAUCCCUUUAAUGUACAGUAUUGUAAAUAAGCUGCAUGGCUUUUAUACAACUUUGAUAAAUGUCAAAUGAAGUGUUACAGAUUAAGAAAUAAAGCAAGUUGUUCAUAAAAAAUAAAGUAGGAAACUGAAAUUCAGAAACCUAUAAAGUAUCAGUAGGUUCCAGCUACAUGUUGGAUCUGGCAUAAAAUAGAUGCACAAUAAAACACUUUGAUGCUCUACUUUUUAUGUUGCUUUUCACAUUAAUUAUAUAGAUGCUUUUCACUGUGAUUAGGUAUCAUUUUUAUGAAUGUUUUAAGGGAAGAAAAUAAUUUCUUACUAGAAAUUAUUCAAGAAAUCCUUUCAUUGAACACUAGUGGCUACAUCAAAAUAAAACCUAUAGUUUGCUUAAAAUAUUUAAUCAUGCAUCAUACUUGAUGCUUCUAGCAGUUACAUUAAACAUUUAUUUUUUAAUUUUGUAUAAUACUGUUUUCACGUAUGAUGGAUGUAUUCAUCUUGUUAGUUUAUAUUUUCAGUGUCAUUUUUCGCAAAGUGUUUUCCUUAUUCACUCAGCAAAUUUUAAGAACUCUUAAGUACAUUUUGUUUCCUUAUAUCAGAAGUUGGGCUUUCUUUUUCCCAUACCCAAGUGUCUCUGUUAGUUAUGAUGUGUAGUCUAUUCAUCAGGCUGGUUCUCAAGUAUAAAGCAUAAAUAUUAACGGCUUAAUUCUGCCCUUUAAGCAUUCUCCCAUCUUUCCUUAGUGUUCAUCCUGUGUUUGACAUGCGAGUGAACAUUGUGAUCAUCCGUGUUGUGCAUGUGGCCUUCCUCAGGCGUUGCUGUGUUGGCCGCCCUUCCUGUUAUACCCAGAGCAUCCUUUGCAGUCAUUCACUUUCUACUCAAGCUGGUCUUUGUUUAAAUUUUUCUUUUUCUGUGCUUCCUGGUCACCUCCAUUCUUGAAGCUGCACAGUUGAAUGCUUGUGCUUACAUUUUCCAAAUCAAUCUCAUUUCAUUAUCUGCAUUCUCUCGUUUUUUAUUUUAUUGUCUGUGAGUCAUCUGUUUUGUCUCAUUUGUUUGUUUUGUCUAGAAAUGUCUAAUCCUAUUACUUAAAAAUUACUGCUGUCUUUAGUUUGACUACUCAGCCUAUGUCUCUAUCUGACCAGCAAUUAUAUAGUUUCUUGUUUACUCAGUUAACUUUCAUAUUUUAGUCAAAAUAUAAAUGAAACUUUUUUUAUGAUUUUCGUUGUGCUUUUUCCCAUCCUGGCUUCAUGUAAGGUGUACAAAGUCAUCAUCCAUUCAUUUCUUCAAAAUCACUCUUUACACAUGCCUCAUAUAAGUAUCACUUUCCGUGUUCCUUCCGUGUGUGUGUGUGUAUGUGUGUGUGUGUGUGUGUUUUAGUCUAGGGGAACACUGUGUAAGAGAAGAAGUUUGUUUUUCACUUUCUUCCAGAGUUCAUGUACAAGGCCUACAGAGCCAGGAUAGUAUCGGGAACUUUGCUCCCAGUGAUUCAGUUUCAAAAUCUUUUCUUAACUAUUUAAAUUGAAAAUUCUAUCCAGUCUAGUUUUAAUAAUGUUUGAAUCAUUUGAAAAACCAAUCAACCAAACAAAAACCCCUGGAAUUGAAGCACAUUGCCUGUCAUUCUUCAAGGAAAAUCAAGGAACUCCUGGGUAAACCAGGCUGGUAACAGCUGUAAGUUAAUAAAACCCCAAUCAAAAUGAACAACAACAACAAAACCUAUAUUUUGGAGAUGCUGAACAGUAGCCAUAAAACCAUUUGGAAGUAUGAAUGGGGCUUUUCGCUUAUUCUUAGAUCAGUCUGAGUCCGGUGUUGCUGAGUCUGGCUUCUGGCAGGGAGAAAGGGUAGGUAUUAAUAUAUUUUUUAUAAGUACCACCAGAGCUUAACCAGAGACAUGAUGAAGACAUUCCCAUGUUGCUCCAUGCUCACAGAAGUAAAUUCUGUUCUGCGCUAACCCAGCACUGCCCGGCCUCUGUGCGGAUAAUGUGUAUACAACACACUGUGUGGAUAAUGUGUAUACAACACACUGGCUGUUGCUCUUCUGCUGCUAUGUGAUUUCUCAACAGGACACUGAGAGGAUCUGGUUUAAAAUUAUAUAUUAGUAAAUAAUUGCAGCCAGAAGUUGUUUCUCUGUCUCUUAUAUCUGUGCCCUAUCAAUUUAAAUGUCCAUUGGAAAGCCAUGGUAACUCGGGUAAUACAAUUAAAAAUUGAAGACGUGGCCAGCAAGAUGGUUCAGUGGUUGAGGAAGAUUGCCACCAAGCUUGAUGAUCUGAGUUCAAUCUCUGUACCCCACAGUCGAAGGAGAGAACUGGCGUUGUUCUCGAACGCCCAUCCACCUACAGUACAGUACUACAUAUAUAGUACACACACACACACGCAAAUUCACGUAAAAAAUAAAGUAAAAGUUCUUAAAGUUAAUAGUGAUGGCUAAGAUUUUGGUAACUUUAAAUUGCUAUCUGAAAUGCUUCUAAAAGUAAAUUAAACAAUGUAGAAUCCUUUAGAACCAAAGCUGGAGUUUAAUUUUUGUGUGUUAAUAUUUAAUACUUCACAGUCAUUCCAAUAAAAAUAAAACUGACAUUUUUGGUGUGAAUUAUUUAUAAGUAAGAUUAUUACAUUUGAGAUUUGAAAUAUAGUGUGAAAAUACUAGACAUGAGAUAAAAGACUUGAAAGACUAUCUUGCCUGAGGUGACAUUUCAUAGAACAUAACUAUAUUUUGUUACCAGUUUUCUUUUGACUCCUGAUUACUCAGUUUUAAUGAAGUUAUUUUUUAAAAAAAUAUAUUACAAGAGUAAAAUAUAACUCCCUUCAGAUCUUACGAUUUGCACUUAGGAAAUGGUGGUACAAUGUGAAAGGAGGUCGGAGGUGAUACCCAAACACAGUCUAAGUAACAUGAUGACAGUUGAAACUUGGCCCUAAUGGGCCUUGUGGGUUUUAGCCUACUGUGCAAUAAUUUUGGGUAUUAUGUUGGCAGGUGUGUUGCUGACUCUCUUUCAUUUUGUCUUUUAAAGUACUUAAAUCAACUGGUUGUUCACACGUUGCUUCUUAUUUUAGAAGAUAGUUUCAUUCAUAUGGUUUAAAAAAUAUGAGUAUUUUUAUAUUUUCAAAUACAUUUUUUGUCUUCUUUGAUAAGUAAUAAGACCUAAGCAUUACGUCAUUGGUUUAUAAUCAAACGGGAAACCAUGACGUCAUCAUCAGGCUAGCACCUGAGACGCUAAAAUCCCACAGCUGCUGGGCUCACAGUGUGUCUUAGAGUGGUCGGCCUUAUUCCUCUGACGGGCUUUGUGAAAUUAGAUGAAACAUUUAUCUUCAGUGUUUUAAAGGAAAUCAAUACAUAUCUGAUAAAGUUGGAUAAAAAUCAUUAUUUCUUCAAAGUUGUAUUUUUUUAGAUUAAAACAAAUGUAUUUGUGAUGUACUCAGCUCAAAAAUCUAACUUCUAUAUCACAGACCUCUUCCCAUCACAGUCUUCAUCUACAGUUUCUGACUGCAACUAACAUUGUGUGCUGUUAGCUUGCUUAGAGAACAGGUUUUACAGAGGGGCUCUGAAGCUUAUCUUUCAGCAGCGGCGAUGGGAUUAACCAUAGAAAAACAUACCACUUUUUGUACCAUAGGAACAAAAAUGGAAUUUCCAUGUUUUAAGCUGUUAAUGCAGUUCCCCUUCCUCUUUGUUUCAUAUAUUUUAACACAGACUUCAAGUUGAAGACACAGUGUGGUUGGUGUUCCACCCUCAAAGCAGUGCAUAGAUAACGUAGCAAUACUGUGAGGGGCUUUUCACAGUUAAGUCUAACUAUUCUAGAAGGAAGUCAUUGCCUUCUGCUUAAUUACAUUAAUUGAAAUGUGCUUAAGUGAAAUAUUUUCCGAGUAUUUUGUAUGAUAUAAAA